AUGUUCAUUUUGACCGUAAUAUUUGUCUUAGGCGCCAACGAGCUUCACUACAAAGGGGAUCGUCUUGGUGUUAAAAGAGAUCAGUACAUACCAAGAGUCACCAAAACCAAAAGAAUUGCCAAAAAAACAACUAUUACUACCAAUAGUAGAUCUGGUAAUGGUAAUGCAGAAGUUUCACAGGGGUCAACCGUGCCAAGAGAGGGGCCUAAUGAUGAAUUUGAAUUAAUGAAGUCAGAUGCUGCUAAUGUUGCGAACCCACAAGGUAAUGCCGAAAAAGAUGAAAAUUUUCAAGUACGUGAGGAUGCUGACAUACGUGAACCAAGGUCAGGUGCUACUGCGCCUGGAAUUAUUGCUUUUCCACCAACCAAUGAUACUAUAAUCACAACAGAACAUGAGGAAAUUGGUGAAGAUGUUAUUGCCAAUGAAGAUGUAAGGAAGUAUGGUUGGUUAGCUGGCAACUUCUUUUUCUCUCUUCAUGUUUUGAGAAAAGUGAUACCUUUGGCAUUCAUAAUCGUUUGUAUUACUUUUGCGGUAAGUUUCACAGUUAUAUUUAACUACCAAAUUUUUGGAUAA